AUGGUUGUCAGAGCUGCUUCAGGAACCCUGGGCGGGGUGUCGAUGAAGCACCUGUCCCUUGUGACGCUCACCUUCCAGAACUCCGCCCUCAUCUUGGCAUUAUACGAGAUGUCCGGCAACCUUCCUUCGAACACGACCGUCCCGACAUUGUUCCGCACCAUGACGACCGCCAUGUUUACAAACGAGAGCUGGAAGCUUGCGAUACCUGCGGUCUUAUACACGAUACAAAACUCUCUUCAAUACGUUGCUGUCAGCAAUCUGGAUGCUGCAACCUUCCAAGUUACCUACCAACUCAAGAUUCUGACGACGGCUAUCUUCAGCGUUUUGAUGCUAGGCCGACGCCUCUCGACACGCCAAUGGUUAUCUUUACUACUUCUCAUCGUCGGCGUAUCUAUUAUACAAGUACCGCAAGCGACCGCCCCUUCAGCCACACCAGGGUCAGGAUCGUCGUCAUGGACUAAGACACUGGAGCAACUACAUGAUUUAGGCGAGAAUGUCGCUGGGCGGGUCUUGAAGCGGUCUGGCUCAUAUGAGGGUAUUCACGAGGAUCGUGCAGCUCAAGUACCUCGCAUGAAUAGUCGGGUUGGGCUCUUGGCAGUUCUGAUCUCCUGCGCUCUCUCAGGCCUGGCUGGAGUCACCUUCGAAAAGAUACUGAAGGAAUCGUCGAGCGCAAAGCUGACACCGCUCUGGGUGCGUAACUGCCAGCUUUGUUUCUGGUCACUGUUCCCUUCGCUUUUCCUGGGCGUUAUUUGGAAGGACGGAGAGGCGAUAGCGAAGACUGGGUUCUUCGUUGGCUACAACUGGGUGGUGUGGACGGCCAUUGGCUUUCAGGCAGCCGGCGGCGUCAUUGUUGCGCUCGUCAUCAACUAUGCGGAUAAUAUCGCGAAGAACUUUGCGACGUCGAUUUCGAUUCUGCUCAGUUGUAUAGCAAGUGUGUAUUUCUUCGAUUUCGAGGUGACGCGAUCGCUCUAUCUAGCAGUCAUGGGCGACAGGUAUCAUCCGUCUGAUAACCCCCAGCGGCUAGGCGCUCCCCGUCGCGCAUCAAAGCACAACGUCCUCCAGCCCCGAUUCAAACAGCCAGAAAGACAAAUCGCUCUUCGAGAUCGCUAUCGUGCCACUCAGUACGAGCAUCCCAUGUACGACGUGGUGGAGGAUGAUGAUGAUUUGUAUGAUCAUGGUCCCCAACUUGAUUCAUUUGAUAACAAGAUGCUCCAACAACCGGUCCCCAAUCGUCAGCAACAAGCUGUAUUAGGCAGGACGCGGCUGUCUUUUGCACCUGGCCCGUCCACGUUCAUUAGCAAUGCAGCCAUAAUUCAACCGCAGCAGCCUUUCCGUGCUCAUAGAAACACGACAUAUGAUGAGGAAGGUACUUUUAACUCUGGCCCCAAAAAUGCAGCUACUGAUCGAGAAGCCGAAUUUCACCUGCGCCCCAAGCAAAUCGUGCAGGGUCAACUGAGUCGUUUCGCCCACAAUCCUGCGCCCUUCCCAGAAACAAGUUCAGAUGUACCACUCGGCCGCUCAUCCAGCCCGGCAUUCAAGGCAAGCCAGAGGCGUGCUAAGCGAGUCAUUCCCACCACAACCCAACGCGAAGCAGAACCUCAACUCCUCGAGGAUGAAUUCCAAUCCCCUGACGAGGACUAUCAACAGCAGUAUCAGCGCCCUUGCAAACAGCUUGUCCAAAAUGGCUUGCAACCGACAAAGGAUGUUGACCUUCAAUAUCGUCAACAUCGUUUUCCAAAGCCACAGCCAAACCCAGUGGAUCUGUCUCAUGCUCCUCCCACGUGCCAGGGUAUUCGUCUCGUCCCUGUCACAACUCUACCCAAUCGCCUCCGGACUGUGUUUCCCUAUCCGGCCUUCAAUGCCGUACAAUCCAAAUGUUUCGAAAGAUUAUUCAACACCGACGACAACUUUGUGCUUGCAUCUCCUACGGGAAGUGGAAAGACUGUCAUCCUUGAGCUUGCCGUGUGUCGCGCUGUUGCUACCAACGCAACGGGUCAAUACAAGGUGGUAUACCAAGCACCGACCAAGGCUUUAUGCUCCGAGCGCCAACGUGAUUGGGAAGCCAAGUUCAACCAGCUCGGGCUCAAGUGUGCUCAGCUGACCGGCGACAGCGACGCAGGGGAUCUUCGCAAUGUGCAGAGUGCCAACAUCAUCAUAACCACACCCGAGAAGUGGGAUAGCAUGACUAGGAAGUGGAAAGAUCAUGAGAAGCUCAUGAGAUUGAUACGAGUGUUUCUCAUCGACGAAGUCCAUAUACUCAGAGAAGAUCGCGGUGCCACACUUGAGGCGGUCGUGUCGCGGAUGAAGUCCAUAGGCACGGACGUUCGCUUUGUAGCUUUGUCGGCAACGGUGCCCAACUUUAAUGACAUCGCUGCAUGGUUAGGGAAGAAUUCUUCUGAGUCAGAUACUCCGGCUGCCAACGAGAAAUUUGGUGAAGAGUUCCGCCCGGUCAAACUGCAAAAAUAUGUUCGAGGUUACAAUACCAGCUCCACCAACGAUUUCGGCUUUGAGAAGGUGCUCGAUGCCAGGAUCCCUGAGAUCAUUGCUAGCUACUGUAAGCGGAAGCCAAUAAUGGUCUUUUGUGCGACCAGGAACUCUACGGCCAAUACAGCAAAGCUCAUUGCGAAAUGGUGGGAAUCGUCACCUGGCAGGAACCGCAUGUGGGAACCUCCCUCCAAGCCGCCUGCGCUCUCUAACAAAGAGCUUCGGGAAACUGUGGCUUCAGGUGUCGCUUUCCACCACGCAGGGCUUGAUCUGGACGAUCGGAUGCAGGUUGAGAAAGGUUUCAUUGCUGGCGAAAUCAAUGUCAUUUGCUGCACUUCAACGCUCGCAGUCGGUGUCAACUUACCCUGUCAUCUCGUAAUCAUCAAGAACACGAUGUCCUGGGGUGCAGAAGGACUUCAGGAGUAUUCGGAUUUGGAGAUGAUGCAAAUGCUUGGCCGCGCAGGGCGACCUCAAUAUGACGACUCGGCAGUAGCGGUUAUCAUGACUCGACAAGCAAAAGUCCGCCGUUACGAGAAGUUGGUAACCGGCCAAGAUCUUAUCGAAAGCAAGCUCCAUCUCAACUUGGUGGAUCACAUGAAUGCCGAAAUCGGACUGGGAACGAUCAGCGACCUACAGUCGGCCAGAAAGUGGCUCAGAGGCACGUUUCUCUACGUCCGGCUCCAACAGAAUCCCAACUUCUACAAGCUAGAUGGCUCUCGAAGUGGUCAGAGUAUCGAAGAACAGGUCGAUGACAUAUGCUUUCGUGACAUUACCCUCCUGCGCGAGACCAACCUCAUAUCUGGCGAAGAGUGCUUUCGAUCUACAGAGUUUGGUCAAGCUAUGGCACGAUACUACGUUAACUUCGAGACUAUGAAAACAUUCAUGGGACUUGGGUCAAAGUCCACGCCUUCUGAGAUACUCUCAGCUAUGGCUCAAGCUACCGAGUUUUCUACCAUACGCUUCCGUCAAGGCGAAAAACCCUUUUACAAACUGUUAAACAAGUCGCCUUCAAUCCGUUGGCCCAUCCCUGUCAACCUUGAUCUCCCGGCCCAAAAGGUAUCCCUCAUCAUCCAGUCUGUCCUCGGAUCCGCCGUUAUCUCAUGGGACGGCGAGGCGGGCAAACACCGCUCGCAAUACGUAACUGAGACACAAAUCAUCUUCAAAAACAUCAGUAGUCUUGUGCGAUGUAUUAUUGAUUGCCAGAUCAUCUUAGCGGACUCAGUCAACAUUCACAGUGCCCUUAUGCUCGAGAGAAGUUUAGGGGCGAGGAUUUGGGAUGACAGCCCAUUACAGAUGAAACAGAUCGACACUAUCGGCGUUAUCGCGGUCAGAAAGCUCGUCAACGCUGGCUUGAGAUCUAUCGAGGACCUUGAAGGUUGUGAACCUCACCGAAUCGAAGCGCUCGUUGGCAGGAAUCCACCGUAUGGUCUCACGAUACUUGAUAUGGUCCGAUUGUUCCCAAAGCUUCGCGUGUCACUUCAUGCCCAGCCUGCGACUGUGAUCAAAUCUCACGACGGAGUGAGAAUUCAGAUCAAGGCAGAUAUUGGCUUCAUCAACGAACAGCCGCCGCAGCGUUUCAACGAUAAGUUGAUCUAUGUGUGUCUUCUGGUUGACACCUCGGAUGGUCGCAAGAUACAUUUCGCACGCAUUAGUGGUCCAAAGCUUGGUUCAGGUCAAAGCAUCACAGUCCCAGCUCUCUUGACAAGCCCAGAUCAAUCUAUCAACUGCUAUGUUAUGUCUGGCAGUAUGCGUGUUGCCACCAUCAAGCCUAAGAUAGCUGCCUCCAUGUUUCCGUCAUCGAACACUCACAAGUCAGACGUUGCGAUGUCACAUCAAUCCAACGUAUCAAAGCGUCGUACUGAGAUUACCAGACCAAGUCGAAAGCCGACAGCUACCAGCGAGGACUUCGGAGAUGGUGAAUUGGACGACGACACACUUGUAGGUGCUUCUCUCCGUGGUUUCGACUUUGACCAGAUCGAAAACUAUGCCGACCCUAUCGCAACGGUUUCACAAAGGAACACCGAGAAGAGUAAGCCGGCCAAGACUAAAGACGUUGGAAAGAGCAAGAAUGCUACACAGCGGCUCGAUGCUGCACCUGAUAACAAAGACGAAGAACCGGUACAGCUAGCCAAUGGCAAGUGGGCAUGUAAUCACGCGUGUAAAGAUCGGCUUGCUUGUAAACACCUUUGUUGCAAGGAUGGUAUGGACAAACCACCGAAGAAGAAAGCCAUGGUCAAACGUGUCCCAUCAGGAGAAGAUCGGCCGGAACCAACACAGAAAGCACCAGUUUCGAAAGGCAAACAAACCCAGACCAAGCUCCAGCUUACAGCAUCCAAGCGAAAGGUCUCAGCGUCUAUUGAUGAACUCGAUCUUACACAACAAGAGAAGAAGCAGAAGGCGAACUUCGGCAUAAACGGCCCAAGAGAUUAUCGUGGUCUACAUCAGCUUCACAAGACUGUCCAGGGUAAAGAACUGCCUACUUCAUUGAAUUCCCUCAUGUACAAGAAACCCACCUACUGCUAUUCUCAAGGUGGUGAGCAUAGCCUUGGCUUCAUGGGUUCUACAGUCGAACGGCCACCGACUUCAAGCGAUUACGGAGACUUUUUGAGCGACAUACAAGAGCAUGAAGACUUCAUGGGAAAUGAGGCUGCAGAACUAAUGUACGAAUCAGAUACCUUUGGAGACGAUAACUCCAUGAUAGAAGACGCUAUGAUCGGCCUUGCAGACUCUCAGGAUCUACAGGUGGUGCGUGAGAGUGAGGGUGAUAUUAUGCAGUCUCUUGAGAAUGCUCUCGAUGAUGCAGACGGUAUGCGCUAUGGUCAGGACGGUAAACCCAAGGAUCUCAGCUUAGCCGAUUGUAACGAUCGAGGUCACAGCGCUCCUGUGCACCCCGAUGAAUCGCACAAAGCAAAUGUCGGUGGAUCCCGAUCACUUUUUGUUGGUAGCACGAGUAGCUCUCAAGUCGAAAUCGUAGACGUACUUGCCACGCUCGACGAGAAGCUGGCCAAGGUACCAUCAGUCGAUGAAAAGCCGGUACCCGAAGCAUUCAAAGAUCUUGAACCAUGGAUUUUCCGAGAGUUCGGCGAUAUCGUAGAGCUCGUUGGUGAAUGA